AUGGAAAAAGCAGAAACAGAAAAAUAUUUAAAGUUGGAAGAACAACGUGAGAAAGUUGAAUUUUUGCAAGAGAAAGAAAGAAAAAUCAAACCGCGAAUAGAUCAGUAUCUACAGGACAAGAAGGUUGUGAUAAUUUCACUGGAAAAUGCAAAAUCACAAUUUAAGUCAUUAUCCAAUUCUCUCGAAGAUAUUGAACAACAAAUUCUGAAAACGAAAAAUAUUAUUGAACAGAAGAAAACAGAACAUAUUGCUUUUGAGGAUGAUACUUUAUAUUGGCAGAAAAAACGUGAUUGCGCUCGCAUGUCUCUAGACAAUGCGAAUAAAGCGCUUGACACUAAAAAGAGAAACAUCCAAGAAUUAAAUAAUGAGUUAGAACGAAUAGACAACAAAUUAACAGAAUUAAGGCAAGAGUCACAAACGAGCGCUAUAGAACUCAGUAACUCUCAGGUUAAACGUUAUAUGGAAUUGAUGAACAAAGUUGAAUGUCAAGCAGAGGUUUCUGUAAAACAAAUAAAAAGCUUGAUGCGCAAUCAGCAAGAAGAUCAUGAUAAACUUGGUAACGAAAAUAGACGUAAGGAAGAAUUAGAGGACAAAGAAAAGCAAAUAAGAUUAAAGAAGUGUGUUUCACUGGACGGAUAUUUUUAUCAUAAGAAUGGUUUAAUGUCUGGUGGGCAGGCUGAUUUAAUUGUAAAAGCAAAACAAUGGGACGAACAACGAAUACUUAUAUUGAAGGAACAAAAGGCACAAUUAAUGCGAGAACUAAGAGAUUUACCCAAAAUUUCUCUUAUGCAAUCUGAAUUUGAUACAAUUAAUAUAGAAAUUAAUGCACUCAUACUCCGAAAUAAAUACACAGAAACAGAUAUAAAAGUUACUGAAAACAAAAUUGUUGAGACACAAAAGGAAUUAGACAUGGUUAAUGGAGAAAUAAUUGCAUUAAAUAAAAAAACAAAGCAAAUGGAGCUUGAACAACAAUAUAAUCGUAUCGAGAAUCAAUUGUGUUUUGAAAACGAGAACGAUAUAGAAAGUAAAGUAUUGAAAUGGCAACGAGCUGUAGAACAUGCUGAUGCAGAAUGGAAUAAGGUGUAUCAGCAAGGUCAUGCAAAGAUUAAGGUUAAUGAGCUAGAAGAAACAGAAAUGUCGAAAUUAAAGGACAAUUAUACAAAUGUGGCAAAGGAUUUAGAGGAUGUGAACAAAAAAUUAGCUGAGCACAAAUCUAAAAUUAGCGUUAUUGAAGAAUUAUAUUUAGAUAGUCAGAAAAUGGAAGAUAUAAUUAUUCCAAUGUUGGAAACACAUUGUGGACUUGAAGAAAGCGUUUCUACAGGUAGCUUGAGUACAAGUAUAGAAUCGUCGGAAGAUUGUGAAAUAUUAACAAAAAUUGAUUUUUCGCAAUUUCCUGAAAAAAUCAGCAAUUUUACAAAAAAAGAAUUACAAGACAUGGUAAUAAAACUUAAUGAGGAGAUUACAGAAAUUGAGAAUGAACUUGAAGAUUUAAUAAAUCAUAAGAUUGAUGAAAAAAUCGAUAUCAUAGCGCAGCGAAUGCAAAAAGUAAAUACAAAUCUUCGAAAUUAUCGUAAGAAAUAUAAUGGAAUAAUAACGCAAUUUGAAUCAGUGAAGGCUAAGAGGUACAAAUCGUUCUCAGAUUGUUUGGAACGCGUUACUGCAGAAAUAGAUGUUAUAUAUAAAAAUUUAGUUAAUAACACAUCGGCUCAAGCAAUUAUCUUACCAGAUAAUCCCGAAGAACCGUAUGCAGGCAAUAUAAUUUAUAACUGCAGAGCGCCGUAUAAAGGCUUUCAGCCAUUGCUAUAUUUAUCUGAAGGAGAGAAGUCAAUGGCUAGUCUGGCAUUAUUAUUUGCAAUUCAACGUUAUAAGCAAGUACCUUUUUUCAUUAUGGACGAAGGUGACGCAGCAUUAGAUAAAGCGAAUAUUAAGAAUGUUGUUUCUUUUAUUCGGUUUCAAAAAACCUCUAUGCAAUUCAUUGUAGUAUCCUUGUGCAAAGAAUUAUAUCGUAAUGCUGAUGCACUUAUAGGAGUUACUUUUGAAGUAAGUUGA